AUGGACACCAUCCAUAUAAACUCAGAUUCUCCGGCGCAAAAUGAUCAUGCAUUAUACCCUGAUGGAUCCAAGACAAAGGCUGGCACAAGAUGUGGAUUCUGCGAAUUGAAUAAAGGCAGCAUUAUCUUCUCCUGGAAGCGAAGACUGAACGAAAGUAAUUCAGAAUUUCAGGCAGAACUCACAGCCUUACACGCAGCAAUCAUCCACAGUCGUAGGAAUGGUCUUAAUCAAGUUCAUAUUCAUACGGACUCCGCCUCAAGCCUCCAAGCACUUUCAAGAAUGCACAGCAGAAGCCAUUUGGUUAACAAAAUACAGAGAACUCUCCUUAGUAUCCCUAUACCUUUUCGUCCUGUACUCUGUUGGGUGCCAGUGCCCGUAGGAAUACUAGGAAAUGAAAGUGCAGACAUUGCUGCUAAAGAAGCUGCCAAUAGUGCAUCCUUACUUGAGUGCCCAACAACACUUCCAACCUUGCUGCUAAAGCAUUCCACAUGCAAACUUCUUAUAAGACAGUGGCAAACCAGCUGGAAUGAGGCUACAACGGGUCGACGUACACAUGCAAUGCUACCAAGUGUAAGCAUGGAUCUGCAGAGCAAAACUGGCAGCAUGUCACAUUUCCUAACAGGACGUGGACCGUACAAAGCCUAUCUGCAUAGGUUUGGUCUAUCCAACACAGACAUCUGCGACUGUGGGAAAGUGGGCAGUCCACACCACUAUUACUUUGAAUGUCGCUUGACGGCGAAGUUCCAUCUAAAAAAAAACAGCACCCACGUUUCGCGCAGCGUGGUGGAAUAA